ACUCACAACAGAGACACAGAGACUCACUGAGCCGCACAGCACACAGCACGCAAACAAACACAGUGAGGAACACGGCGUCUCACAGGACAACGCAGGUGUGUCAACGGGAAAGUCGUGGAACGCGGUACGACCCUAAAGGACCCAGGCGAGGAGUGCAAGUACAUGGCCGAGAUCUACUGCGGAGGACAGCUGCAACACUUUGUUGACAGCUAUGACGUGCACCGUAGCAACUGGAUGCGCUACGUCAACCCGGCCCGGUCGCCGUCGGACCAGAACCUGGUGGCGUGCCAGAACGGGAACGACGUGUUCUUCUACACGGUCCGGCCAGUGGAGCCGCAGCAGGAGCUGCUGGUGUGGUACAGCCGCGAAUUCUGCGAGAGGCUUCACCAAUCUCCCAGCAUGCACAAAAUGGUGAGCUCAGACCCAACAGAGCUCAAACACAGACGGUCUCUACCUCACUGGGCCUGGCACCUGGACCCAGACCAAAGGAGCACAGAAGAGGGGCGGAGGGACGAGAAAGCAAUGGAGGAGCAAGAGGAGGAGAGGAUAGAUGUAGAGGUGUUAGAGAGGGAUACUCCGCCUGACACCCCCGAUGACCAAAUCAUGGAUUUCAGCAAAGGGUUGCACAACGACCCUCCCUUAACCCCAUCACCCAGCCCGGACCCCACAGAGCUUAGUCCACAAAAAAACCUCAACAGUCGCCCAGGGGGGUUCCCAGAUACCCCUUCACCCCCCAGAGACAUUCCCCUCCAUCUGCACGGCCUGUAUGGCCAUGGGGAAGGCCCGGUGUCCUACCCCCUCAGCCCCCCCUCCAGGCCCCUGCAUCCCCAAUACCAGUUCCUUCCCGCCUACAGCCACCACUACCAACAGCUGUUCUUGCCCCAUUAUUCUCCACAUGUCCAGGGUGUGCUGCCCCCUAGAGCCUCUCUGGGGUAUAGCAGCUACCUGAGCAGAGAGAGUUUGCCCUUCCCCAUGACAGCCCAGCCUGGACUACUCCCCGCGUCCGUGCCCCACACAGCCCCUUCCCAGGGAGGGCUGAGAGAGAGGCCCCAGAACACCUCCCCACCCCAGGGGGCCCCCGCCACCCCCGGACUCUCUCCCCAGCACAAACCCCCGCAAUCCCCUCAGAAGUCUCCCCUACAGGCCACCUCUGGGUGGGACGAAGCCAUCAACCUCAGCCUGGCCACAGCAAAGAAGAGCCCCAUUGAUGUACCCCAGCUUGGGCAGGGGCACAAGUCUCUUCCCUACCCCCUGACGAAACAGAACGGAAAGAUCAAGUACGAGUGCAACAUCUGUCUGAAAACCUUCGGUCAGCUCUCCAACCUCAAGGUACACUUGCGGGUUCACAGUGGAGAGAGACCCUUCAAGUGUGACGUCUGUAAGAAGAGCUUCACCCAGUUGGCCCACCUCCAGAAGCAUCACCUGGUCCACACAGGAGAGAAGCCACAUCAGUGCCAGGUGUGUCACAAGCGUUUCAGCAGCACCAGUAACCUGAAGACUCACCAGCGUCUGCACUCGGGAGAGAGGCCGUACGAGUGCAGGCAGUGCCGCACCAAGUUCACCCAGUACAUCCACCUGAAGCUGCACCAGCGGCUGCACGGCGAGCAGGAGAGACCCCACUCCUGCGCGCUGUGCGCCUCCUCGUUCAUCCACCGCUUCUCGCUCCUCCUCCACCAGCGCUCCUGCUGCCCCGCGCCCGCUGGCCUGCGGCACGCGGCCGGGCUCGUCCAGGCCUUCGACGGCAGCGCCCAGGCCAACGACCUGCCGGAGAGCGCCGGCCCCGCCCUGGUGGAGGUGGCUAUUGAGCGCUGGAUGUCCAGGAGCCUGGAGGAGAAGGAGGAGAAAAAGGAGGAGAAGGAGGAGGAGGAGGAGGAGAAGGAGGAGAAGAACAUGCUCUUGAAGACAGAGACUCGCGCCCCUGUCCACCAGGAGCGGGCCAGUGUGUUGCAUCUGUACAACCGGCCUCUGGUCAAGAUGGAGGCACGGUAGCAAUCACCAAACAGAACUUUUUCAUCUUUGUGAAACCAAAAACGACCCUUCCUCAGUACUACCCCUCCAUUCUCUGAGCCGUUUCCACGAGUUACAGAGAAAGGGAGACGCCUGUCCUCUGAACUCCCUGUAGGUUUACAAAUGUGCAGCUCAGCUCAUCUUAAUUCACUGACAAACUAUUUUCAGUGGUGUGUUUUAAUGGAUGUGCAUUACUUUGGCUUUAUGUGUGAGGUGUGUAUGUGUGUAUGCUAUUGUUUGCCUCUGAUAGAAAGGUUGCUUCUCAGCACAAGGGAAGAGGUAUCAAUUCCCCUUCCAGGUGCCUGCUGGACAACAACCGGUCUAUUUUCUCUCUCCCAGGUGUAUCACAGCAUUUCCUCAAAACUCAUCGAGACACAGAGGAGGUUUUAAUCCCUGUGUGCAAGAGAGAGAAUGCACUGUGUGAAUCUCUGAGUGUGUUUCCUAAAAGAGGAAGGCCUCAGGGAUGAUUACUUGGGAGUGGACAAAGGGCUUUUUUAGAGAAAGUUUACAUUUCUGUCUCUGAUGUUCCUGUUUCACAAACAUGUAGUUGCUUGGCACAUUGAUUGUUGUAUUCCUUUUCCUUGGGUGUUUUAAUGUAAAAAAAAAAAAACUUCAAAUGAAAACCAAAUAAAUAAUUAAUUUUAGACUGGAAAGGCAAAAGCUAAAAAGCAAGCAAACAAGCAAAUAUGCAAAUGUUUCCCCAGAUAAUAACCUGAUAUUCUUGCCGUCUGAUGAGAUAACCAUCACCUCUUUAAGCUCCACUUGAGUGUCUGCUCAAUACUAGCCUCCGUUCACAUGGAAUAAGUCAAUGUAACUGUAAUGAGUUACGCAGCAGCUAGUGGUGGAGUCCUGAUCAAAACAGAUACCAAGUAGAAACCAAAGGACUCCAUUUAUUUUGUCUUUCUUAGGCAAUGUGUGUGUGUGUGUGUGUCUGUGUGUGUGUGUGGAGUAGUCCUCCAAGAUGAAGCUUUGAAACAUUUUACCUUUUCUGACAAAUUACUGCAUACUGAAUCGAUGUGAAAAUAUGAAGUUCUAAAGGGCUGGAUCUCUAAAGGGACCCCACCACUCCCCACCCCCUCUUGGUCUUUCAGUAAUCUCAGGUACUUUACUCAAGUUCAGUCCCGACCAAAACCACACAACACGAGUUCUACUCCAGUACCUCAUAUGUUAACUAGAAACUUGCUUGUGGGAACUGAUUUCUAAUUUCAUAUGCUUUGUUGUUCUUAAGUUACUUUUUUAGCACUGGAAAAGGCAGGAACUACAUCCAUGUGCACCAAAUGGGCUGUUACCAAGCCGAGUUUAUUGUCAAACUGUCCAAAUUGAUAUUGUUAUUAUUAUGUAAUUUCAUUGAUAGUCUUCAAAAUAAUGUGUACAGAAUCAUUGUCUGUUUAGUUUAUUUUUGUGUCAGGUGAUACAUGCUGUCAAGACUUUAUACAUGAGAGAAUAUUUUGAUGAAAAAAUGAAAACAUAAGUAGCAUAUGUAUUAAAUAUACUGUAUUUCUCUUCUACAAAUA